GGAGACCAUGCACCAAGGAAAACCAGUCUUGAUCAAGAACCGCAACUACCACCUGAGGACCUACAACAACUGCUUUGUGGGGUCAGAGGUGGUGGGCUGGCUAAUGCAGCAGGGGGAGGUGCCUGAUCGGAACACAGCAGUGCAGUGUAUGCGCAAACUUCAGAGCUUUAACAUCAUUCACCAUGUAUGUGAUGACCACUUGUUCAAGGAUGCCAUGUUGUUUUAUCGCUUCCGGAAGGAUGAUGGGACCUUCCCAAUGGACAAGGACUCAUCAAUCUUGUUCCGAGGAAAGAUGAUGUAUCACAGUUUGAAGUCCUCGAGCGAGUUUGUACUUGGGACAAAGACUCACAACAACCUGCAGUACGCAGACGCAUUCCUAGGGGUGGACAUGCUGAACUGGCUGGUGAAGGAGAAGGAGGUGCAGAGUAGACCACAGGCUGUGGCCAUGUGUAGGGAACUGUUGGAGAGGAACAUUAUCAGGCAUG